UUUCAAACGAUAGGCAAAAUAACGCUAGCCCUUUAAUAGUUAUCAUGCCAAUUACUUCCUUAAAAGCCGGUGAUAAAGCUUUUUCUUUUCAAGUGCCAAUUACUUUAAAGAAUAAGAGUGUGAUACUGGUAGACCAAAUCAGAACCAUUGACCGAGAUAAGUUUAAAGAUAAAAUUACCAAAGUUGAGGAGAAAUUAAUAGAGGAAGUGGAAAGGAAAAUCCAUUUUGUUUUAGCUUUAAAAAAUUAA